AAACAUUUGCCCUCUGAGCAAGGAGUGCUCUUCCUGGCAGCGAGCAGCACAGGUGCCUGGCUGGUGGCUCCUAAAACACAAACCAGACUGGAAGAUCGUUGCCUGGAUUAUCUAAAUUGGUAGAGAGAGAGAGAAUUCGUUUUUACAUCUGAAAUGUCAGACAGUGAGGACCUGGGACAAGAUGACAGCUGGAAUGUCAUCGAUUCCAGGCCAGACUACAGACCCAGAAUAAAUCAGUGCAUUUCAGAAACACUGAUGAAUUUAUUUGUAUUUCUUCAAGAAAUGUCUCACUUCAAGGAGCAAAACCCUGGCAAGUUUUGUCUACUAGUCUGCAGCAUAUGUACAUUUUUCACUGUCUUGGGAAGUUACAUUCCUGGAGUUGUCCUCUCUUAUGUCUUGUUAUUGUGUGCCUUUUUAUGUCCCUUCCUUAAGUGCAAUGAAUUUGGACAGAAAGUGUGCAACAAAAUUAAGGCUGUUCUGAUGAAACUAGAUUUUGGAAUAGUGGAUUAUAUCAACCAGAAGAAAAAAGAGAGAUCUGAAACAGCAAAAACAAAACCCACAGAAGAUGACAGUGAAUUAGACAUAUCAGCUCUGUGUCCUAAGGUUAGUCCUGCAGUGGCUGCCAAAGAGCUGUCAGUGUCUGACACAGAUGUAUCAGAAGUAUCUUGGACCGAUAAUGGGACCUUUAAUUUAUCUGAGGGGUAUUCUCCACAGACUGACACAUCUGAUGAUUUUGACCGACCUAGUGAUCAGGAAGAAGCUUUCACUCGAGAUCUUUUAGAAUUCCCUUCUUUAGAAAACGGUGCUGGAACAAAUGACGACGAUGACUCAAGCAUCGGAAUGCCCAGCCAGCAGAAACGGAAAAAAGAGCAAACACAUUUCAAGGCGGAUCAUGCUUCCACACAAAGUAAAGAGAGACCAUCUGCUGCAGGGCUGUCCUUGCCUUUGACCAGUGACCAAACCUUUAAUUUAGUGAGUGGAAUUGCUGGAGAUGUCAUCGCAGCUGCAGUGUCUGCUGCCAUCAAAGACCAGUUGCAGGCUGCACAGCAAGCUGCCUCACAUACAGCACCCAGUUUGAGCGAGGAGACAGACACAGAGGAAGCUGAUGAUUUUGAACUGCUUGACCAGUCUGAGCUAGAGCAGAUUGAGAAAGAAUUGGGACUUUCACAAGGCCAAGAAGCAGAAUCCCAGGAAAAGAAAAAAUCUUCAGGCUUCCUUUCAAAUCUGCUUGGAAGUCAUUAACCAAUUGCAGCUGGUAACAUA